CGGCCAAGGUCGCGUGGCUCUCUAGCGUGAGCCGCUAUUCCGAACCUGGGAAACUUGUCAGCUCGUCCGUUACCUUCUUUGGUGCCGGUCGGCCAGCCGCGCACUGAUAAGCCCGUCGCUCGGCAGCCGUCUUUAGAACGUUAUCUCCCCACUUAGGAGAGCUCAUCACGCCCCCCACCGACCCACCCUGGCGCAAACGCAGAGGUUCUCACCGGCACUCCUCCUUUGGUCUGCUCCGGCCUGGCCUAGACGAUAAUAAAUCGUUUGGAUUGGAGUUUGAGCUUCUGGAAGUGACAAAUGUGGGCGGGAGUUCCCCGCCUGGUGACAUCACCGGCGUGUCUGGCCAGCGGCCCGCGUCAGUCCCCGUCCACGUCUUGCCCGUUUCCCAUCUUCUCUUCGUUCUUACUGAGGCCGCUUUUGCUCCUGGAAAAAAUUCUGAAGGUGAGCAGAGGGGCCGCUACCAUGCGCGACGGAUCCGGAGCCUCGCUCAUUUUGCUGGCCCUGCUCUCGGCCCACGUCGGGCCGGCGGGGAGUUCAGCCGCCCGCAACCGCAGCAAAUGCGGCGGCGGCGGCGGCACCGAUUGCAAGGACGGCGUCAUCUUGUCGCCGUGGCGACCGGAAGAGCCCGGCCCAGCGGAGCGCGUGGCCAGGGCCGCCGUUUAUUUCACGGCCUUAGCGUACAUGUUCCUUGGCGUGUCCAUCAUUGCCGACCGCUUCAUGGCGUCCAUCGAGGUCAUCACGUCCCAAGAGCGACAGGUUGUGGUCAAAAAAGCCAACGGGGAAAGGUCGACGGCCACGGUGCGCGUGUGGAACGAGACGGUGUCCAACCUGACCCUCAUGGCGCUGGGCUCCUCGGCUCCGGAAAUCCUGCUCUCGGUGGUGGAGAUCUGCGGUCACAACUUUGACGCCGGCGAACUGGGGCCCAACACCAUCGUGGGAAGCGCCGCCUUCAACAUGUUUGUCAUCAUCGGCCUGUGCGUCUAUGUCAUCCCCGACGGACAGACGCGGCGGGUCAAGCACCUGCGGGUCUUUUUCGUCACGGCCGCCUGGAGCGUCUUUGCCUACACGUGGCUCUACCUCAUCCUGGCCUACUUCUCUCCAGGCGUGGUGGAGAUUUGGGAGGGGCUCCUCACGCUGCUCUUCUUUCCCCUUUGCGUCAGCUUUGCCUACGUGGCCGACCGCCGCCUCCUCUUCUACAAGUACGUGUACAAGCGCUACCGAGCCGGGCGGCGCCGGGGGGUGAUCGUCGAGACCGAGGGGGAGCCCGACAAAGUCCAAACGGCGCAUUUGGAAGCUAGACGUCUGGCCCAGGAGACUGAGCGGGAGCUGUCCACGCAGCGGGAGAAGGUGACGGACUGGCACGGCGGCAGCGAGGCGGCAGACGGGCACGGCUCCUCGGGCCGCAACGUCACCGUCUCUGACGAUGACCGCGCGGGGGUCUUCGCCUUUGAGGAACCCACGGUGACGGUGAGCGAGAGCGUCGGUGCCAUGGAGGUCAUGGUGGUCCGGACCUCCGGGGCUCGCGGGGCGGUGGCCGUGCCGUACAGAACCGUCGAGGGCACAGCCAAAGGGGGCGGCCGAGACUUUGAGGACACUCACGGCGUGCUGGAGUUUGACGACGAGCAGAUCUGUCAAACGCUUCGCAUCAACAUCAUCGACGACGAAGAGUACGAAAAGAACAAAACGUUUUGGGUGGAGAUGGGCGAGCCGCGACUGCUGGAGAUGAGCGGCGGCAGCAAAGGUGGAUUCCUGCUCACAGGCAAAGACCCGGGCUACAGAAAGCUCCAAGAACAACAGAACCCCUCUUCCAUUAUCACCAUCCCAGGCAGCGUUUGUCUCAGCGCAAGCGUGUGUCUCUCAGAUGAAUCCGAGGACUUGGGGACAAAUGAGGAAGAGGAGCGACGUAACGCACGGGCGUGUCGGCCCAUGUUAGGCGAACACGCCAAAUUGGAAGUCGUCAUUGAGGAAUCGUACGAGUUUAAGAGCGCGGUGGACAAGGUCCUGAAGAAGACCAGACUGGCCGUGCUAGUGCGAACGACGCCGUGGAGAGAGCAGUUUGUGGAGGCCAUCACAAUCGGCGGAGGUGAACGUGUCCACCCUGGCAGGCAGAAAAAAAGAAAAGGCAGCAGUAGCCAACCAGCCAGCCAGCCAGCCAGCGCGUCAGCAAAACAAUCCGUCCCGUCCCAGGCUCACAACCUUCUGUCCAAUCUCCCACUCUGUCUAGGCGAGGACGGCGAGGAGCCGCCCUCUGCCCUGGACUACAUGACGCAUUUUCUGAGCGUCUUCUGGAAACUGCUGUUUGCGCUGGUCCCGCCCCCCGACUACUGGAACGGCUGGGCGUGCUUCGUAGUCUCCAUCGCCGUCAUCGGUAUCCUGACGGCCUUCAUCGGGGACCUGGCGUCGCACUUUGGCUGCACGGUGGGUCUGAAGGACUCGGUCACGGCUGUGGUCUUUGUAGCCCUGGGCACGUCGGUGCCAGAUACCUUCGCCAGCAAGUUGGCGGCCACCCAAGACCAGUACGCCGACGCCUCCAUCGGCAACGUGACGGGGAGCAACGCCGUCAAUGUGUUCCUGGGCAUCGGCCUGGCCUGGUCCAUCGCCGCCAUCUACCACCGCACCCAAAACCAGGUGUUCAGGGUGGACCCGGGAACCCUGGCCUUCUCCGUCACCCUUUUCACCAUCUUUGCCUUCGUCUGCAUCGCCGUCCUCAUUUAUCGGCGCCGACCUGAGAUCGGCGGAGAACUAGGCGGGCCGCCGCUCGCUAAGACGGCCACCGCUGGCCUCUUUUUUAGCCUGUGGUUGAUGUACAUUGUCUUGUCGUCGCUCGAGGCCUACUGCCACAUCCCGGGCUUCUAACCACGACGCUCCGGGGAAAUGCGCAAGGAGUCGGUCGUGUGGAAUCUCAUUUCAUUUUUUUUCCCACUCGACUCAAUGAUGAAACGCUAGGCCUCGUUCAAAUGUCAUUGCAACUGACUGGUGGUGUUUUGGAUUUGUCCCCAACCUGGCCGGCGCCCGUCAUAAGACGAUUUGCUUUGCAGUAAAAUAAAUCAAAGCGUAA